CUAUAAGAGGAGAAUCAAGACCCCACCCCCAUGCAAAUCUAUAUCCAUGCAUCUCUCCAUAUCACUGCAACCACAUUUCUCCAAAAUCUUCCAGACAAAUCUACAGUCACAUUUACAUAUUACAAUAGACAACUCAUUAUAUUUCAUAUUUUGUGUAUGAAGAGUUGUGUGGAAAACUGGCAGAUAGGAUUGUUGUCAUAACGGGGUCGAAUAGUAGCAAUCUCUACCUCCUUUUCAUUUGUCUUGUUCUGUUUUUGUAUAUCAGACAUACACCCAAGUCACGUGAGUGGCUUCUUCUAGCUAGCCUAUCCCAUAUUCAUUCAAAUUCUCCAUCUUUACUGGACAUAUAUCAGCGGCUACAGCAACUACUCUCUGCUUCUCUCUCAAUUAUAUAUCUGUCUCCAUGACUAGUCAAGUCUAUGUGAGCCCUCCUUUCCCUCUUGAGAAGCUAAGAGAAGAGAUUAAGCCACAGCUGCAGCUCUUCCUUUCACCACAUGAUCAUCACUCUGCAGCUUCACCCACCUCUCUCUCCAAUGCUCCCACUUCUCUCAAUAACCCUACUCAAGAUCAUCACAAGGUUGAUAAGUAUAAUAAAUCAGUUGGCGGAUCAAGCAAUCGCGAAGUAGUACGCUUUGAUGCUGGUCAUGCUGCCAAGAAAGUGUUCUUGUGCAAGAGAGAAUACGGAUUUGAUGAUAAUCAUGAGCUUGAGAUGGAAAACUCUGAUGGAUCAAAGAUGAUCAUCACCUCAAAUUGCACUAAUGAUGAUAAACCAGCCAAAUUUAGACUCAAAUUUCAAGCUCCUCCACAUUAUGUGAAUUAUUCCUUCCCAAGCAGCAGCAACAAUGUUAGAGUCUGCGCGGACUGCAAUACCACAACUACCCCUCUAUGGAGAAGCGGACCUCGGGGUCCUAAGACACUCUGCAAUGCGUGUGGAAUUCGACAAAGGAAGGCGAGACGAGCCAUGGCCUUAGCUGCAAAUGGUGUAGCAGCUGAGACUACUUCAUCCUCCAUAAAAGCUAAGACUAGUAAGGAGAAGAAAUUGCAUGUUUCUUUGCUGCAGUGCAAACCUCCUGAUCAUAAUCAGAGCCAGAAGAAGCUUUGUUUGAAGAAUAUUGCAUUGAGUUUGAGUAGUAAGAAAUCCACUUUCCAAGGAAUGCUUCCACAGGAUGUGGAAGAAGCUGCUGUCUUGCUUAUGGAACUCUCUUGUGGCUUCAUUCACUCUUGAAUUUCAAUUUUGUUUUUGUUUUUGAUUUGAUCAUUUUGAAGAUGUUUGGUUUUGUCUUAAGAGAGAUCUUUUAUUCUUUUUGUGUGCAAUGUUGCAAAAACAGAACAUUGCAUCUUGUCUCAUGUAUGGUCUAUGGGCCUGGGAUCACUUAUUAUGGGUUUGAACUUCGGCCCAAGCUGCUUAUCCAAUUGGGUUGGGCAGCUCAAUAGAUGUCACGGACCCAAGGU